AUGAGGUGGCGGCUGCCGGGCGCCUGUUUGACCCUCCCCGCCAGCGUCGCUCUGAUAGUCCUGCCGAUCUUGGUUGCUCCGCAGCAGCAGUCAGAUUCCUAUGAUUUCUCCAUCCCCCGAGCUUCGGUGCCCUCGGCGCCGGUCGAAGGAGAUGCAAAUCACCCCAGCGCGGUCACUGUAGCCGCUCCUCCCAUCGUGAAAUCCAACGAUGCGAGCGCCCUAGCAACCCUGGCUCUGGCGGGCUCCGGCCGCGCCGUUCGAGCCCCUCCCGUCCGGGCUAGCAGUACCGCUGCUGGUCUGGCUUCGCAGCUCCACGCGCGGUCCCUUCAGGACUGGGAGGUCGAGGAUUUUGUGCUGCUGGCGACCGUCGACGGAACUAUUCACGCCCGAGACCGUAAGACGGGCGCCUCUCGCUGGGCUCUUGAGGUGCCCAGCAGUCCUUUGGUCGAAAGCAUCUACCACCGCGCAAACCGCUCGAGCUUUGAUGACACUCAGCCCGAGGAUGACUUUUUGUGGAUAGUGGAGCCCAGUCAAGACGGCAGCUUAUAUGUCUACAGCCCAGGCCCUGAUGCGGGCUUGCAGAAACUCGGCCUCACUGUGAAACAGUUGGUCGACCAGACGCCGUAUUCUGGAUUUCAACCCGCCGUGACGUACACCGCACGAAAGGAGACCACCUUGUACACCAUCGACGCUCGGACGGGUAGUAUCAUCCGUGUGUUCAGCUCACGUGGCCCCUUCACGACUGGCCAGGAAUGUCGAAAGGUGGACGGCCUCGAUGCCGACAGCGACGAAUGCGAGACCACAUCUGGUACUUUGGUGCUAGGUCGGGUGGAAUAUGCCGUGGCAAUUCAAAAUACUGAGACAGGAGAUCAGAUUUGCACGUUGAAGUAUUUCGAGUGGGCCCCAAAUAACAGAGACAUGGAUCUCCAAAGCCAGUAUUACCGCACAAUGGACCAAAGCCACAUUUACAGCAUGCACGACGGCGUCGUGUUGGGCUUCGACCAUUCUCGUAUGGAUCGACCUCGCUACACCCAACGUUUCCCGUCUCCAGUCGCUCGUGUCUUCGACGUUGUACGACCGACGAACAAGCAUGCGCCAGAUGUAUCUGUUCCUCUGGUCUUGCUGUCUCAGCCUUUGCAACCGCCUGAUCCAGACUAUGGUACCCUGGAUGGUCGAGACACGCGGGUAUUUAUCGACUCCACGAAUGCAGGAGGGUGGUACGCCUUGUCUGAGGAAACAUACCCUCUCGUGACUGGACGAGCUCCAAUGGCUCAGUGCUAUGAUAAAGACUUCUUCCGCAAGGGUCAGCCACUCAUGAGCCUGACGCCAAGUCAGCAACGCGAUGCACUUUCUGGUGUUCACUCUCUGACCGGGCCCCGUGUCACUGCGUCGAUUCCUCGGCUGGGCAGCUCUUCGACAACUGCGAUCCCGAACGACGUGCCUAGGGAAGUCCCAAGGACGCCAUCGGAGCUGGCUCUACCUCCCGCUCUUCGAAACAGUGCCAUCAUCCGCAAAAGUUGGGACAACGCGCUCGAUAUUGUAGUCACCCUGGUAUUGCUGUUCAUCGGCACCUUCAUCUAUUUCAACUCGCAUCACAUUCGCGACCUCGCCAAGCAGAAAUUGGACAUUAAGAACAUGAUCAGCUCCAACGACAAAUCGUCUCUAUCGGCACCUCCCACACCUCUUGUGAGUCGAGCACCGGAUCUCAAACAACCGUCUACCCCGAACCCUCGAGUGCCCGAUGUCACUGUCGAUGUUGAGCUGCCCAGAAGCGAAACAGAUGGGGAUUCGACUCCGCGAGCGUCUCAUCAGGAACCCUCACGGGGCCCUGAUGACCUUGAGGCGGACGAUGGUACCCAGGAUCCUGACAAGCCUAAGAAGAAACCUCGCAAGCGUGGCACACGUGGUGGUAAAUCCCAUCGUAAGGGCAAAAAGCCAGGCAACGACGGCGAGGCUGCUCUAGCUGACCGAGUCGUCGAGCAAGUCAACAAUAUGGCUCCACAAUCCCGUCUAGAGCCGGACGUGCAAAUGGCUCGGACCGUGUCAAACGAGAUCGUUGAGAUGGACGGAGUAAUUCGAAUCGGUCGAUUGGAGGUCUUCACGGAUGUUGUCCUUGGACAUGGUAGCCAUGGUACCGUGGUCUACCGAGGCCGCUUCGACGGCCGUAACGUAGCUGUGAAGCGGAUGCUUGUGGAAUUUUAUGACAUCGCAUCGCACGAGGUUGGCCUACUACAAGAGAGCGACGAUCAUCACAAUGUCAUCCGCUAUUUCUGCCGUGAGCAGGCCGCCGGGUUCUUGUACAUUGGUCUAGAGCUCUGUCCAGGAUCGCUACAAGACGUCAUUGAACGACCCUCCCAGCUCCCCGAGCUAGUUCAAGGUGGCCUCGACCUGCCAGAUGUUCUGAAACAAAUCACUCAAGGAGUCCGUUACUUGCACUCCCUCAAGAUCGUUCAUCGCGAUUUGAAACCCCAGAACAUCUUGGUGGCCAUGUCUCGUGGUCGAUCCGCUUCACGAUCUCUGCGGUUACUUAUCUCCGAUUUCGGUCUCUGCAAGAAGCUUGAGGACAAUCAGAGUUCUUUUCGGGCUACUACUGCACACGCCGCUGGCACGUCCGGAUGGCGGGCGCCCGAGUUGUUGGUGGACGAUGACAAUAUGCCCAUGAGCUCCGAGUCACAGCAUACCGAGUCAUCAGAACCGGCCGUUGUCGACCCGCAGACGAAUCGCCGAGCCACUCGUGCUAUUGACAUCUUCUCGUUGGGCUGCGUCUUUUAUUAUGUCCUCACCCGUGGCAGCCACCCCUUCGACAAGAACGGAAAGUUCAUGCGAGAGGCGAACAUUGUCAAAGGUCAAUUUGAUCUGGAGGAGCUGAAUCGGCUCGGCGAUUACGCCUUCGAGGCGGACGAUUUGAUUAGGUCAAUGUUGUCCCUUGAUCCUCGCCAGCGUCCCGAUGCCAGCCAUGUGCUCAUGCAUCCCUUCUUCUGGCCUCCUUCCGAUCGCCUGAGUUUCCUUUGUGACGUAUCUGACCAUUUCGAGUUUGAGCCCCGUGAUCCUCCCUCUGAUGAUCUGCUUUGCUUGGAAUCCGUUGCUGAGCAGGUCAUGGGUCCCGAAAUGGACUUCUUGCGGUUGCUUCCUCGCGACUUCAAGGAGAAUUUGGGUAAACAGCGCAAAUACACUGGAGGGAGGAUGUUGGAUCUUCUGCGUGCGUUGCGCAACAAGCGCAACCACUACAAUGAUAUGCCUGAAAGCCUCAAGGCCCACAUUGGUGGCCUGCCGGAGGGCUACCUCAACUUCUGGACGGUGCGCUUUCCAAGCCUACUCAUGAGUUGUCAUUGGGUCAUUACGGAGCUGGGACUUGAGAAGAUCGAUCGUUUCCAGCGAUACUUUACACCUCCUGAGUGA